CCAUUUAAUUAUAAAAAUAGAAGCAAUACAAAUUGAGUUUUACAGUCUAGUAGUUAUCUUUUAACACACCUCAACAAAAAAUGGCGUUAGAAUUACCCACACUUCAGGAAGGGUUGAAAAGUAUUGCAGUGGCUGCGAGUGGCCUCCUGGCGGGUACAGCGGUGUAUAUUUCUGUGGUAGAAGUCAAGAGCCGGGCGAAGUUAGACAUCAAAUCCAUGAGAAAACAAUGGAGUGAUAGUUUUGAUAAUGCUGCUGUUUUUGUGCUGGGUGUCGGAACGGUAAAUACAGCAGCCAACGUGGUUUUGUUCUUUAUGGAUACCUCACCUUAUAAAAAUCUUUGGCUGGUAGAACCAUGUUUGUUUAUCAUCGGUGGAAUCUAUACCUCAAUUGUUAUGUUACCAGAGAUCAGAGAACUAAAGAAUGAUGAAAUAGUGGCUAAAAAAGGUGAUAUAUAUAAUAUGUGUGUGUGUGAUUUCAUUCACAUUACAUCUUCAGUUACAUGUAUACAACAAAGUUUUAUUUUAGAAAUCCUGAAUUUUAUCCUUUUUCAACAUCCGUUCAGUUGUUGCAGAAAUGCUAUAUAUAUGCUUUAAAAUGUGCUCUGAGUAGUAAAGUUUAAUAUCUCUUUUGAUGGGUAUAUUUUAUAAAAUAUUUUUAAUGGCGAGUCAUAAAUUAGGACUUUGUAUAAUAUCCGUAAAUUUAUAACCGAAAUGUACCCACCCACACUUCAUAUAUAAUACACAGAUCGUAACAAACCAGUCGAGCAAGAAUGAUCCUAUGUAAUUUCACGAUUAUUAUAUAUAUACAUUUUACAGAUCUAUGAAUAAACAUGCAACGUUCAAGAUGUAAAUUUACCUGCACAAAUGAUUAGUAAAACUAUUUCAUAUAAACCCAUAUGUUUAUGCUUAAUUGAGUCCAGUGCAACAAUUUUGGUGCCUUAGGGGUGCCGGGAUGAAAAAAGAAAUAAUAUACCAAGGGUUAACCAAAAAACAUAAAUCGAAUAAAGACAGACAACAACACAAUGGCGAAAAGAAAAGAAAAGAAAA